AUGAAAGACAUUCACAAGGAAGAUUGGUCAGAUAUUGAGAAAGACUAUCCUCUCCACACGGACGGUGUCGAUAAGCUUGGACAACCCGUAAUGGUAAUGGCUUACGCUGAGUGGGAUCUUCGCCAGGCAGCAGUUCAAGGCAAGAUUACCCGGGUAAUCCGCUGGUUCAUUAAAGGAUUUGAUGAAAUUCAUUCGAAAUCCCUGGAAUAUCGUAAACUCGGCAAGACGAACGGAACCCAGUGGAAUUUUAUUGCCGACGUGGACAAAUUUUCUCGUCAACAGCACAUCUGUGUCCAAUGUCUCAGAUUUUACACGGAACUCGCCGUCUCAUUCGAAUCUCGCUACCCGGGAGGGGUUGAUAAGAUUUAUGCUGUGAACACGCCCUCAAUAUUCCAAGUCGUUCUCUCCCUGGUAAAUCCAAUCUUGUCAAAAGGUACUCUGAAUGCUUUGCGAGUGCUCGGAACCAACAAGGAGUAA